UUCGCGUUUGUUUUGGAAUUCUCUUAGCGACGCCUCACGCGCACAGCAGCGGACACAGCACGCGCACUCUAGGACAUAUUUUAAUGCUUUAACCUGAUAGAAAGAGAACAGUUUGUUUUUCACAGACAUUUAUUUUACUGUAACCUGGUCAUUUAAUCUGAGUUCGGCCCUGUGAAGCUGAACUGCUGGGUUGUCUGUGAAUAACAGGAAAAGGUGCGCUAGGUGGCUAACGUUCGUCAGCUAAAUUAGCCGAGUUAGCUUAGCGUUAGCUUAGCAUUAGCUUAGCAUUAGCUUAGCUGCGUAAAAGAUGCGAGCUGAUUGUUAGCGAGAUUAGAAGACUUUGCAGGGGAGCCGUGUUUAACAGACAGGUGAACGAGAUCAGAUUAGAUCAGAUAGAAGACAAAUGAAUCUGUUUAACCAGCGCGACGUCUGUUAGCUCGAUUUGAAGAAUUAGCUUCUGAGGAAUGGCCACGGCUUCCGGUUACUCUUCAGGCGUGAGCGGCUCACGGAGCGGCCCGUCUCUGUCUGCGUCCUCGUCCGGAUCUGUUGGCCAGGUGCAGGGCAUGGCGGUGGUGUGGGAAUGGCAGGAUGACGGCGGUUCGUGGCGACCCUACAGCGGUCAGGUGAGCUGCUUUAUAGAGCACUGUCUCCAGCACCAUCGGAGUGCAGGCCCGGCUGUCACCACCAUCUCCCUGGGGCAGAGUGACCCGAGCCUCGCUUCCUAUAUCAUCGAUAUCCCGAGCCUCAAACAGUUCCGACAGGACACCGGUAAGAUCCGCUCGGUGCGACGCAGCCUGUUCCCACAGUCGACUGUACUUGUCAACGGCGUUCUCUGGGAAUGGGCCAACGACGAGGGCGGCUGGACGGCAUAUGAAAUGCACACGUCUGGUUUGCUGGAGAACAGUUACCUAGCACGCCAGACUACAGCGGACUUGGGACCACACAGACAUAACUACGUGGUGGACUUUACAUCACUCGAACAGAUCAACAAGAGCUCUGGUUACCGGCGGCGCGUGCGCAGGCAGACCAGUACGCCAUACCCUCAUGCAGCAGCCUCUGGGACGGCUACGGUCAUCCACUCUGGCCCUGCGUGCACGUGCCAGCAGUGUUUGAGCCAUGGACCCAUGCCUGGCCGAUCGCGCCACUCUUUUUCUGCAGGAGCUGGCCCAUCCUCUGCGUAUUCUCCAUAUCCCAGAAGGCCACUCUCUGUAGGGAACAUGGCUUGGGGAGGACCCUGGAGCCCGGCAUCUACGUCUAUGGCUCAGCAUCCAGGCCCGGUGCAGUCCUUUCCACCCACAUCCAAUGGAUUGAGCAUUCCACAGGUUCCCUUACAGCUGAACGGCUCCAGCAGCGUGAGCGCGGCACUGGCAGGCAUGGCUUCCAUUUUGAUGUCAGCAGCAGGACUGGGAGUUCGCUUCAUGACCAGCCCCCCCGGCAGGCCCAACCAAGCCCAGGCCAGCUCCGUUAAGAGGGCAAAGAGACAGCACAGGACAGCUGCCCAGAGACCCGAAGAGGUCAUUAAGAAAUACAUGGAGGAAGUGCGUGCGAUCCCUGAUGAGGACUGCAUGAUUUGCAUGGAGCGUCUGUCGUGUCCCUCUGGCUACGACAGCCCUGAAGGGGGCAGCCAGACUCUGCAGCCCAGCACAGUGGGAAAGUUCACCAAGUGUGGACACACCUUACACAUGCUCUGCAUGCUGGCCAUGUACAACAACGGCAACAAGGAUGGCAGCCUGCAGUGUCCUUCUUGCAAGACAAUCUACGGUGAAAAGACCGGCACUCAACCAAAGGGCAAGAUGGAAAUAUACAGCAUCCCACAAUCCCUCCCGGGCCACCCAGACUGCGGCACUAUACAGAUAAUCUACAACAUCCCACCUGGAAUACAGGGCACCGAGCACCCAAAUCCUGGCCAGCCUUACACCUGUCGAGGUUUUCCUCGCUUCUGCUUCCUGCCUGACAACGACAAGGGCAGAAAGGUGCUGGAGCUGCUGAAGGUGGCGUGGACGCGGCGGUUGAUCUUCACAGUAGGCACGUCCAACACGACAGGCGAGCCCGACACAGUGGUGUGGAACGAGAUCCACCACAAGACUGAGAUGAUGUCGAACGUAUCAGGCCACGGCUACCCAGACCCCAACUACCUGGACAAUGUCCUGGCAGAGCUGGCAGCACAGGGCGUAACCGAGGACUGCCUGAAAAGAGACACGCCUCGGCCACGCGAGCCCGAGUAGCUUUCCGAACCCUGCACAAAAAUCGACACAAUUGCUAAAUCAGGCUCGGCAAUGCAGAGACACUGUGUAAGACCGUAGUAAGAUUUUAAGCAUGUAGAAAUGCUUGGAUUCAUGGCAUAUAACCAUAAGAUGCCGUCACUGAAAAAUUGCAUCUUUCGGGAAAAAAAAAUAAUAAAAAUCCGCUAGUUAGAAUUUAAAAACCGAUUUGUAACAAUUUAGAUUUUUGUUUUAAAUCUAGGCUUUGCACGCAGGACAGGUCCAGCGUAUAUAAAAAAAAUAAUAAUAAUAAUAAACAACCUUUUGUUAGUGAUCUUUGGUCAUUUGGAAUUCAGAACCUUAAUGAAAUCUUACUUGGUACAUGACUUGUGUUAACCCUUCUGCAGACCCUGAGUCAAUCUGACCCGGCUGGAAAGUUUAAUGUGUCAUAACUUGGGUUUCCUUCCACAUAUUUGCUUGAAAUUUUCCAGGAUUGUUCCAAAUUAUUGUUCAAAAUUUAAUUUUGUCUAUUUUCGUUGAAUUGACGUGUUUGUAAAGUCAAUACUUUCCUCCUCAAAUCAUCCAGGGUCAACUUGACCUGGCCACAUUUAGUGGGGCAAUAGUUCACACUUUUGCCCUUUUUCAGUGCAAUGAACAUACGUACAGACACAAAAAUGCACACGUAAAAUGUCCACACACUCACACACCACACACAUGCGCGCACACACACACUGGGCAUUGCAUUUCAUUAGGCCUCCAGAAAAAAAAAAGCUACAUAUUUGUAAAUAUUUCACACUUUUUAUAUGCCUUUGCCUAGCAGAGGGCAAAAUUUGAUCUACCACAAUGAUGCCACACACACACACAAACAAGCAUUGGGCAUUGCAUUUUGAUUUAUAAGCAUUCAAGUCAAUUUGGCCUGGAAAAAACAGGUUUUAUUAUUUGCUGACAUUAAAAAUGGUCAAAAUGGUUUCAAAACAAUCCGCUGGCUUUGAAAUAUACCAGCCUGUAAUUGUGCAUUAACUUUUCUGCCUCUAUAGUGAAAAUAAUUCAAAAUUUCUGUUUUUUUUUUUGUUUUUUUUUACUAGAAAACGAGGCAUUUUUGCAUAUUAUCGAGGUUUAUUAUACCAAAUAUUACAAAAUUUUUUUGCAAAAUAUAUGUUAAUAUGUUGGAAACAAGUUAGACUAAAAAGGUGAAAAAAAGGCUAUAAUAUAUACUUCAUCUUUUAUAAGCAGUCAAAACAGACAAGGUCAAGUUGACUCGGCGCUCCUAAUUUGUAUAGGAAUGCAGACGAAGUCAGCAGAAGGGUUAAAGGUGGGGUCUCCGUUGUUUGAAAGCCAAUGUCGACAUUUGAAAUCACCAAAAACAAACACGCCCCUAACCCAAAUGGGUCCCACCCCUGUAUUGAUAGCUCCGCCCACACAUACAUACGUAACCCAGGCAACUAAUGGAAAGAAAUGUGUCUUUAUCAUAGCUGAAGUGAAGAACAAUACGAUUGCAGAUAAACAAACAAGCAAAAGUGACACACAAGCAUAAUCAUGUAAAGGACAAAGGCAUAUAUUAGUUCUGUGUAACAAAGCAAAACCAACGUUACUCACCGAUCGAGAAGGAAAAAAGCACCUCGGCGUCUUAAGUAAAGUUGAAUUUCCUGAGUCAAUAACUCCUGAGCUAAACGCUGUUACUACACAAAACGCGGUUGUAGCUGCGUCUCUACAUUACUACGAUAGAAAAGAGGUGUUAUUUGUGUAGUAACAGCGUUUAGCUCAGGAGUUAUUGACUCGGGAAACUCCAAUCUGUGAAUAUGUGACCAACUUCCUGCUCCUUCAGUUCUCUCCAGCGCUGGAAAGCUGAUCCUAUAUUAACACGUCCUACUCCUUGCCUUAUUGUAAGUCUUUCUUCGCUUUCUUUCUUUGUUUUUAUCCUCCAUGUCAAUGUUAAAACCGCUUUCUGCUAAUGUCACACAUGCGCACUGAACGCUCUGCCGCAUAUUGACAAACCCCGCCCCUUUCUGGUCAUUGGCUACGCGUUUGUUUUGAUUUUUGUUUUGAUUUUUUUAUUAUUCGUCCCGACUCAGUUUUCUGAAGUAUUUCUCAAAAAUCGGAUACCCUGCCUUUAAGGAUGUGAAAGUAAGGGGGCGGUCGGUUUACAGUAUACCAUGUUUUGGGAAUGUAUUUAAGCAAAGCUGGCGAUUUAUCGUCCCCACUUCAGUGUUUUUUUUUUUAACGCUCCAGAAUCUCCGUUUUCUCCAGAGUCACUUUUGUCAUACCAUACGAGAGGCAGCUAUGACCUGGGUAUGAACAUGCAAUUUUCCGUAGCACUUUAGCUUCUGCAGUGCUCCGAAUAAUAAAGGGAUUUCUAAAGCCAAGUGUAGCUUCAAAAAAAACAACAAAAUAAUAAAGCUUCAUUCCCAGCAUGGCAUGUCUUUCAGUACACAAUUUAUAGUGCAUUCUGACACUUUUUUCCAACCUCUGUAACAGAUCUCUUCAUAUAAACCACCAUGACAAGGGUUGACUUUAAAAAAAAAAACACAAACAGUGGCACCGCUUGGAGUCGAAUAAAAUCAUACGAAGUCAUUAUUGCGAAACAAUGCAAAUAGUUUUUACUAGUACUGUAUUAAUUGUAUUGCAAAAUUAAAGUGUUACAAAUUGCGACUAUUUUAA